AGUCACUUUAUCCGUCAGCGUCCUCUCAAAGGAACUGUCGCCUGCCCGCCACUCAGCAAUUGCAAUCAACCCAACCACAAUCCUGAACGACAGAACAAGAGGAAGUGUAGAUAGACAAGAGUAGAUUCUCCAAAGCUAAAGAGGAGAACCUAGCUAUCAUAGCUACUACUAGUGGCGUCAAGAUGUCCUCCUACGGUCCAGGACCUGAUAGAGGAGGAGGUGGCGGCGGUCCUCCACCGUCGUCAAAUGAUCGUCCUCCAAGAGGUCGGAGCCGUUCGCUGUCUCGAGAUCGAGAUCCCGGCAGAAGACGCAGCCGUUCUCGAAGCAGAUCCUACAGCCGCGAUCGUCGCUCCAGGUCUCCUCCGUCGAGACGACGUCGCUCGAGAAGCCGGAGUUACAGUCGUUCACGCAGUCGAAGUCCUCCCAAAGGUGGUGGGUUUCAUGGCCGUGGCCCUCCUCGCGAUUUUAGGCGUGAACCACCCUUCCCUGAUCGCUAUGGUGGCCCUCCUCCACCAGAUCAGUACCGGCGGUAUCCAGAUCGCGAUGGAUAUGGAGGCCGUGACUUUCGUGGACCACCUCCACCCUUCCAUGAUCCUUACUAUCGCGACGGUGAUAGAUUUGGCCCAAGAGGAGGACCGCCCCCUCCUCACCAUCGAUAUGGUGGGCCUCCACCUGGCCCUCCCCGCGGUGGUGGUGGGGGCGGCGGAGGAGGUGGUGGUGGUGGUGGACGCCGAAUUAGACGUGACGAAGGUCCUCCUGGUGUUUCUCUUCUGGUGCGAAACGUGGCUCCCACGGUGUCUACACAAGAAUUAACGCAAGCGUUCAGUCGAAUUGGCAAGAUUAGAGAUGUCUACAUUCCUCGAGAUUUUCAUUCGCAGCAACCCAAAGGAUUCGCCUUUAUUGAAUAUGAGACGCCUGAGAUGGCCCGCGAAGCACGUGAGGAAAUGGACCGUUUUCGAGUACAAGGAAGAGAGCUGGAAGUGGUUUUUGCACAAGAACGCCGGAAAACGCCAAAUGAAAUGCGUGGUCGCGUUGUGUCUUCUCCUGACGGUGACGGUGAUAGACCAAGUGGUGGCGGAAGCAGCGGUGGUGGUGGAGGAGGAGGAGGAAGCCGUCGCAAUGGUGGUGGAAACUUUGAACGAUCCUCUUCAUUUGAGAGGCACAAGCAGAGAGAACGUGAUGUUCCUCCUCGCAACGGAGGCGGUCGCCCUGAAGGCGGACGAGAUGGUGGUGGAGAUCGUUAUGAUGGACCCCCGAGAGGUGGUCAAUCUGAUGAUCGUCCUGCAGACAAUUAAAAAGCAAAUUAUUGAUUCGGGUAAGUUGGCAUGAUUUAGCUCCGGAGCAGCAGCCAUAUGCGAUGGAAUCAUUUUUGUGUACCUCGACAAAACACACCCAAGCAAAAAGCAAGCCAGAGAUGUAUUGAUUGAUAUGUAUGAUUGGAAACAAGACGAUGAGAGAAUUUAAAAAGGAAAGGAAGAGUGCAAUUAGAAGACUCAGACCAAGCGGGAGCCUCAAGUUAUUAGAAGCAAGAAGAAGGUCAAGUUAUCGAUGUUUUGAAUUCGCGAAUGGGAACAAGCCAGCCCCCAUAAAGAUGCCGAGCCGAUGUACUUUGACGAGUAGUCCUUAACUAAAUCAAGUGGUGUUUACAAGACGAAGACCAAGACACGAGUGAUGCCUGGGGGCAUGGCAACAAGACUGACCACCAAGCCCAGACCUGUUCAAUGCCUACACUUGUUAGUGGGUAACUAUCGCAAACAAUCGUUGAACACUCAAGAUCACGGGGAUUUUCAGUGCUCUCAUUCGUUGUUCAAGGUUGCUGCUGUUGUUUUUACGAGAUGUCAAGUCCGAGAGGGUGUUUGUUUGUGCACAAUACAAUUACCUUAGCGAGCUAUCGUCUCGUUGUGAGAAGGCAUCAAGGUCCUCCCAAGAUCAAGCCACAGAGGUGCGCGCCCGCUAGUUCGGUACUGCAUUAGAACCUGCGCUUCUCCUGGUGCAGAGCACGCAAGUUUUUCUUUCUUUGUAUCCGUCUCAGCCGAUGUCGUGAAGGCUCUGGAAGCGGGUACGCAUUUUCUACUAGGAAGAGAGGGCGUUCCUCGUUGAUGUGUGUCUCCACUCCCCUUCAACGUCGUUUACAACAAUUCACUGGCAGCUAUCCGAAAGCAUGAAGUUCAGGAUGUAGUUUGUUAAUACUUGGAAGAAACUACAAUCAGGCAGCCACCUUUUCAGGAGAAUGAAUCUUUACGAGCACAACAAUCAACCGUUCAGCGUACGAGGUGCACCUGUGACGAUUGAAUCAUUCGAUUCAGUUGUGCGAGGCAAAUGUUUUACAGUCUUUCCCUGCAAUGAGUUUUCUGUCCGUUUACAAGUUGUGUGUUUGGUCUUCAUUUCGGAUGUGUUCGUGGCGAACUUCGAGUGGUUGGCUUUUCUGCCAUGUUCUAGCUAAUGCCCGAUGUUGCCUCAUUGUGCUACCACCCUCUUGUCCUGGCUACCGGUAGUACUGUAAGCUCUAUCUAGCCAUGUUAGUUAUCUUAUGC